UCUCUCAGCGAGCGGAAGUGAGGAACAGAUGCGUGUUUUUGUUUGGGUUUACUCUCAUUAUGAGGUUUUUCUGUGCUCGCUGACCGUCGUGUGAAGUUUUAUCGGGAUGGAGCCCAUCGUGGUCCAUGAUUUCUCGGAGAAGAUCAUGGAGCAGCUCGUUCAUUUCCAUGUGAUGAAGUUUAGCGGCGGGUUUUUCCUCUGGAUCGGAUCUAACAGUCCGCUUCUGUCUAAUCUUGCCCUCGCCCUCGACACUAAAUAUGAUUCAAUGCCUCUGUCCGCUCUUCUUCUGGGUGACACGUCAGACACGACUCCAAGCUCUCUUGCACAGAGACUCACAAAGAAGACGAAGAAGCAGGUAUUUGUAAGUUACAGUUUACCCACGACGGACUCAAAUCUAGCGCUGCUGGUGGAGAACAGAAUCAAAAAGGAGAUGGAGAUUCAUCCUGACAAGUUUUAAACGUGUUGUUUUACCUGAAACUUUUCUGUUUGCUUUUUUUUUUUGUACAUGGUUCAAUAAAUCUAAAGGAAAAGUA